AUGAACUCAACAUUCCAUCAGCAACAUAACCAUCACCCACAUAUUCCAAUCACCUACACAACGGCCAGCCCAAAAUUCCCAUCAACUAAGCAACCACCGCUCCAACAUUCCCAUCAACUACACCACCGCCACCCCAACAUUCCUAUCACCUACACAACAGCCACUUCCACAUUCCCAUCACCAACACAACAGCCACCCCAACAUUCCCAUUACCUACACAACCGCCACCCCAACAUUCCCAUCACUUACACAACAGCCCCUCCAACAUUCCCAUCACUUACACAACAGCCACCCCAACAUUCCCAUCACCUACACAACCGCCACCCCAGUAUUCCCAUCAACUACACAACCGCCACCCCAACAUUCCCAUCACUUACACAACAGCCCCUCCAACAUUCCCAUCACUUACACAACCGCCACCCCAACAUUCCCAUCACUUACACAACCGCCACCCCAACAUUCCCAUCACUUACACAACCGCCACCCCAACAUUCCCAUCACUUACACAACCGCCACCCCAACAUUCCCAUCACUUACACAACAGCCCCUCCAACAGUCCCAUCACCUACACAACAGCCACCCCAACAUUCCCAUCACUUACACAACCGCCACCCCAACAUUCCCAUCACCAACAAAACAGCCACCCCAACAUUCCCAUCACUUACACAACAGCCACCCCAACAUUCCCAUCACCUACACAACCGCCACCCCAACAUUCCCAUCACCUACACAACCGCCACUCCAACAUUCCCAUCACCUACACAACCGCGACCCCAACAUUCCCAUCAACUACACAACCCCACUCCAACAUUCCCAUCACCUACACAACCGCCACCCCAACAUUCCCAUCAACUACACAACCCCACUCCAACUCUCCCAUCACCUACACAACCGCCACUCCAACAUUCCCAUCACCUACACAACCGCCAGCCCAACAUUCCCAUCACCUACACAACCGCCCCUCCAACAUUCCCAUCACUUACACAACCGCCCCUCCAACAUUCCCAUCACCUACACAACAGCCCCUCCAACAUUCCCAUCACUUACACAACAGCCCCUCCAACAUUCCCAUCACCUACACAACAGCCCCUCCAACAUUCCCAUCACUUCCACAACAGCCACCCCAACAUUCCCAUCACUUACACAACCGCCCCUCCAACAUUCCCUUCACCUACACAACAGCCACCCCAACAUUCCCAUCACCUACACAACAGCCACCCCAACAUUCCCAUCACUUACAACCGCCACCCCAACAUUCCCAUCACCUACACAACCGCCACCCCAACAUUCCCAUCAACUACACAACGCCACUCCGCCACACCAACAUCCCCAUCAACUACACAACCGCCACUUCAACAUUCCCAUCACCUACAUAACCGCCAUCCCAGUAUUCCCAUCACCUACACAACCGCCACUCCAACAUUCCCAUCACCUACACAACGCCACUCCGCCACUCCAACUCUCCCAUCACCUACACAACCGCCACUUCAACAUUCCCAUCACCUACAUAACCGCCAUCCCAACAUUCCCUUCACCUACAUAACCGCCAUCCCAACAUUCCCAUCACCUUCACAACCGCCAGCCCAGUAUUCCAAUCACCGACACAACGCCACUCCGCCACCCCAACAUUCCUUUCACCUACAUAACCCCACUCCAACACUCCCAUCACCUACACAACCGCCACUCCAACAUUCCCAUCACCUACACAACCCCACUCCAACACUCCCAUCACCUACACAACCGCCACCCCAACAUUCCCAUCACCUACACAACCGCCACCCCAACAUUCCCAUCACCUACACAACCGCCACUUCCACAUUCCCAUCACCUACACAACCGCCACCCCAACAUUCCCAUCACCUACACAACCGCCACUUCCACAUUCCCAUCACCUACACAACCGCCACUCCAACAUUCCCAUCACCUACACAACCGCCAGCCCAAUAUUCCCAUCACCUACACAACCGCCACCCCAACAUUCCCAUCACCUACACAACCGCCAGCCCAACAUUCCCAUCACCUACACAACCGCCACCCCAACAUUCCCAUCACCUACACAACCGCCAGCCCAAUAUUCCCAUCACCUACACAACCGCGACCCCAACAUUCCCAUCACCUACACAACCGCCAGCCCAACAUUCCCAUCACCUACACAACCGCCACCCCAACAUUCCCAUCACCUACACAACCGCCAGCCCAACAUUCCCAUCACCUACACAACCGCGACCCCAACAUUCCCAUCACCUACAUAACCGCCACUCCAACAUUCCCAUCACCUACACAACCGCCAGCCCAACAUUCCCAUCACCUACAAAACCUAUUCCCAUCACCUACACAACAGCCACCCCAACAUUCCCAUCAUUUACACAACCGCCACCCCAACAUUCCUAUCACCUACACAACCGCCACCCCAACAUUCCCUUCACCUACACAACGCCACUCCGCCACACCAACAUCCCCAUCAACUACACAACCGCCACUUCAACAUUCCCAUCACCUACACAAGGCCACUCCGCCACACCAACAUCCCCAUCAACUACACAACCGCCACACCAACAUCCCCAUCAACUACACAACCGCCACUCCAACAUUCCCAUCACCUACACAACGCCACUCCGCCACACCAACAUCCCCAUCAACUACACAACCGCCACUUCAACAUUCCCUUCACCUACACAACGCCACUCCGCCACACCAACAUCCCCAUCAACUACACAACCGCCACUCCAACAUUCCCAUCACCUACACAACCGCCACUCCAACAUUCCCAUCACCUACCCAGCCCAACAUUCCCAUCACCUACACAACCGCCAGCCCAAUAUUCCCAUCACCUACACAACCGCCACCCCAGUAUUCCAAUCACCGACACAACGCCACCCCAACAUUCCCUUCACCUACACAACGCCACUCCGCCACACCAACAUCCCCAUCAACUACACAACCGCCACUUCAACAUUCCAAUCACCUACACAACGCCGCUCCGCCACCCCAACAUUCCCAUCACCUACACAACCGCCACCCCAACAUUCCCAUCACCUACACAACCGCCACCCCAACAUUCCCAUCAUCUACACAACCGCCACCCAAACAUUCCCAUCAUCUACACAACCGCCACCCCAACAUUCCAUUCACCUACACAACCGCCACCCCAACAUUCCCAUCACCUACACAACCGCCACCCCAACAUUCCCAUCAUCUACACAACCGCCACCCAAACAUUCCCAUCAUCUACACAACCGCCAUCCCAACAUUCCCAUCACCUACACAACGCCACUCCAACAUUCCAAUCAACUACACAACAGCCACCCCAAUAUUCCAAUCACUGACACAACGCCGCUCCGCCACCCCAACAUUCCCUUCACCUACAUAACCGCCACCCCAAUAUUCCCAUCACCUACACAACCGCCACUUCCACAUUCCCAUCAGCUACACAACAGCAACCCCAACAUUCCCAUCACCUACACAACCGCCACCCCAACAUUCCCAUCACCUACACAACCGCCACCCUAA